CUUAUAUCCAAACAAAAUAUUUAAUUAUAAAUCAUGACUGGAUUCUCGUUCAAAACUCAUGGAAAUGUGGCAGUUCUUCCUGCUGAUAGCACCCUGACUAUCUCACAUCCUGAAUGGGGUGCCCAUAUAAGGUCCAGGGUCACCGCAGAUACCCAAGGCUGGGUACAAGUUCCCAUGGGAUUUCAAAUCCCAACCGAUGGAAAGAGACUCGAACUCAAGUCAGUCGAGGUUACCUACGCCACAGGCUGGAAAACUAUAUUUGAUGGCAUUCAGGUCUAUAUGGGACAAAAGAAAAUCCUGAACAAGGUUGAUUUCGGUUAUUCGACUGAUAAAGAAACUACCGUCAAGUUUGACAUCCCUGGAUCUUGGCCGAUCAAUCAAGGAAUUUCAGUUUCAUUACUUAUUACUAUACCUAGCGGGACAGAUGAACAUGGACGCUGGGCGACAAUUUCAUCUGUUGGGGCCUACUUCGCACAUGCUUAGUGUAUAAUUUACUGGACAAUGUUGCUAUGUAGCUGCAAUAAUAAGCAGAGGGACUGCUAUAUUCCCACCUGAUUGCAUUAUUUGAUGGUGUGAUAGCAACUGGCUAUCCAAGCUAUCCAAGGGAGUGGAGUGAUGUGAACUUAGCCUUGGAAGCUUACUUUAUACUCAAGUCAUGGGAAUAUAAUAUCGUAGUUAGACUCGUUUACUUAUAUGAGCAUGUAACUUCUUGCGCAUAGAGACUAGUUAACUAUCAAGGGUUGAAUAGCUAUUUCUUCAAAACAUUGUC